UUCAUCUGAAUUCUCUCCUACUCUUCAACCAUAAAAGCUGGAGCGGAGGAGGUCACACCGCCGACGUUUUUCCCAUGGAUCAUCAAUCCUCCGGCCAACACAGUCAAACCGGCCAAGCCCCAAGCUUUCAGUGGCUUACUUAUGCUUACCAGAACCUGAAAGAGAUCCCCUAUGAGACUAUUCUGACACAGACUGAGACUCUGGAAGUGCUGGACCUGAGUAACAAUCUACUGGAGGAUAAUUAUUGGAACCCGGCUCUGCUGGGACGGAUGGAGAAGCUCAGCACGCUGAUCCUGGACAGCAACAACUACACGUCGCACAUCAAGUUCCCGUACAUGCUGAGCGUCACCACGGUGAGCAUCAACAAGAACAAGAUCAACAACCUGCCCGUGUUUGUAGAGGAGGUGAAACGGAAGUUCCCCAACAUAAAAAUCCUCAGUAUGAUGAACAAUGAGGCGGCACCAAGCUACUUCAAUGGAGGAAGUCUUACCCAAUACAAAGACUACAGACAAUAUGUCAUCAGUCAGAUUCCAGGCCUUGAGAUCCUGGAUGACACAGAGGUCCUGGAGAAGGAGCGAGCCCAGGCCAGAAAAACCUACAGGCUUCAGCAGAGCAGACAGAACAGGAGAAGAAGAAGGGAGGACUCGUCAAAGAAACAUACGCACACGCAGAAAAGUACAAUCAAGUCAAGUGCUAUCAUAGGAGAGUAGUUUAUAGUAAAGUUUUUGAUCCCUUACCUUUAUAUCCCACCUUUAUCUGCUUGUUUCAACAUGUUUACACUGAGUUAAAUAUUCAAAUGUUUUAUAAAGCUGCGCUAUGAAAU